AUGGGCGUGUGUAUCUCCUGCUACAUGGGCGUGUGUAUCUCCCUGCUACGUGGGCGUGUGUACCUUUGCUACAUGGGCGUGUGUAUCUCCUGCUACGUGGGCGUGUGUACACCUCUUGCUACAUGGGCGUGUGUAUCUCCUGCUACGUGGGCGUGUGUAUCUCCUGCUGCGUGGGCGUGUGUACCUCUUGCUACAUGGGCGUGUGUAUCUCCUGCUGCGUGGGCGUGUAUCUCCUGCUACGUGGGCGUGUGUACCUCUUGCUACAUGGGCGUGUGUAUCUCCUGCUACGUGGGCGUGUGUACCUCUUGCUACAUGGGCGUGUGUAUCUCCUGCUGCGUGGGCGUGUGUAUCUCCUGCUACGUGGGCGUGGCCUCUUGCUACAUGGGCGUGUGUAUCUCCUGCUACGUGGGCGUGUGUACCUCUUGCUACGUGGGCGUGUGUAUCUCCUGCUACGUGGGCGUUGUAUCUCCUGCUACGCGUGUGUAUCUCCUGCUGCGUGGGCGUGUGUAUCUCCUGCUACGUGGGCGUGUGUAUCUCCUGCUACGUGGGCGUGUGUAUCUCCUGCUGCGUGGGCGUGUGUACCUCUUGCUACAUGGGCGUGUGUAUCUCUGCUGCGUGGGCGUGUGUAUCUCCUGCUACGUAGGCGUGUGUAUCUCCUGCUGCGUGGGCGUGUGUAUCUCCUGCUACGUGGGCGUGUGUAUCUCCUGCUGGUGGGCGUGUGUCUCCUGCUACGUGGGCGUGUGUAUCUCCUGCUACGUGGGCGUGUGUAUCUCUCCUGCUACGUGGGCGUGUGUAUCUCCUGCUACGUGGGCGUGUGUAUCUCCUGCUACGUGGGCGUGUGUAUCUCCUUGCGUGGGCGUGUGUAUCUCCUGCUGCGUGGGCGUGUGUAUCUCCUGCUACGUGGCGUGUGUACCUCUUGCUACAUGGCGUGUGUAUCUCCUGCUGCGUGGGCGUGUGUAUCUCCUGCUGCGUGGGCGUGUGUAUCUCCUGCUACGUGGGCGUGUGUAUCUCCUGCUACAUGGGCGUGUGUAUUCCUGCUACGUGGGCGUGUGUACCUCUUGCUACAUGGGCGUGUGUAUUCCUGCUGCGUGGGCGUGUGUACCUCUUGCUACGAGGCGUGUGUAUCUCCUGCUGCGUGGGCGUGUGUAUCUCCUGCACGUGGGCGUGUGUAUUCCUGCUGCGUGGGCGUGUAUCUCCUGCACGUGGGCGUGUGUAUCUCCUGCUACAUGGGCGUGUGUAUCUCCUGCUACGUGGGCGUGUGUAUCUCCUGCUACGUGGGCGUGUGUAUCUCCUGCUACGUGGGCGUGUGAUCUCCUGCUGCGUGGGCGUGUGUAUCUCCUGCUACGUGGGCGUGUGUAUCUCCUGCUACGUGGGCGUGUGUAUCUCCUACGUGGGCGUGUGUACCUCUUGCUACAUGGGCGUGUGUAUCUCCCUGCUGCGUGGGCGUGUGUACCUCUUGCUACAUGGGCGUGUGUAUCUCCUGCUACGUGGGCGUGUGCUGUUGCUACAUGGGCGUGUGAUCUCCUGCUGCGUGGGCGUGUGUACUCUUGCUACAUGGGCGUGUGUAUCUCCUGCUACGUGGGCGUGUGUAUCUCCUGCUACAUGGGCGUGUGUAUCUCCUGCUGCGUGGGCGUGUAUCUACCCUACAACAAUAUUACCACAACUUCUCCUACCAUGGCCGUGUGUAGAUGCGCCACAGUAACUAACAACAUCAAACGUCAGAAGAAAAAAGGAUUGACUAGAAUUGUAAAGCGUUUCUCGCCGUCUGGAGCACCGAGUCAAGGCCAGGGAACACGAAUGUAA